UCAAAGGCUGAUUAAACUUUUACAAAGCUCACCUCUCGUAUAAUUUCAGACAACUCCGCGUUGGUUUAGUAGAUCUUUUUUUUUUUUUUUUUUUUUAUAUCAUGGCAAGUGCUGCAAACACAAACCUAAACGCAGUGCGGGAGACAAUGGACGUGCUGCUGGAGAUCUCCAGGUUGCUGAACACUGGUUUGGACAUGGAGUCUCUGUCCAUAUGUGUUAGACUCUGCGAGCAGGGCAUCAACCCAGAAGCUUUAUCAGCUGUCAUUAAAGAGCUGAGGAAAGCUUCUGAAUCUCUAAAGGCUUCUGAAAACUGCACUAACUGAAGCUGCAUCCUGAUCCACUCUGUUUGGGAAAAGUAUUGAAAUCGUUCUGUGAUCCCAGAUAUGAACCUACCAGGGGCACUCCAGCCAAAAGACUUAUCUGUGCUCUGCUCCUUGGGCUUCCUUGGUGACUAACCUCUCCUGUUCUGUGCUUUCGCUUGUGUGAAAAGUCUUCUCCCAACAUAAGGACAUGCUCAGCCAUUCUGCCCCAAGUUUAGCCCUGCUCAAAGUUUCUUGGAAGGUGUGAGUUCAAAGUGAUGUUGUGCAUGGACAACCUUCCUCCAGUUAACGGCAGACUUUGAACUGCUGGAGUCAUCUUGCACAGCCUUUACAUGAAGACGUUUUACAUUUUCUUUUGUAUAGUCUAUAAUUUGUUAUUGCUGUUUUUUUUUUUUUGUGCAAGCGUCAUUAUUUUCUUUUUAAAUUAAUCCUUAAGCAGCUCCAUUUUCCAUGUAAGCAUCAAUGAGCUCCAUUUUCCAUGUA